AUGAAACUGCCAUCACAACAAAAUACAGUACAACAAGAGAAAUCUCAUUUAGUUUUCAUGAAACAACACGAACAUUAUCUUCUGUUGAGUUUUUUGCCAUUUUCUUGCUUAUUCAACCACCCACACAUUGCUGAUGGAAAAGAAGAAGAAGAAGAAGAAGAAAGACGAAAUCAACUUCUCUGA